AUAAACAAAUGUCACAUGACUCGUGGCUGUUUUCCAAGAUGGCGACUCCGGUGUCUACACCGUUUGUCUUCCUCCUGUUAUUAUUUCAAAGCGGCGUUUGGUGCUUUCCCGUCCGUCAAACACCCCAAGAAAGUCCUACAUGUGGAUACAAGUCAUGUCAUGCUACCAAGCCUGGGAUGUUGAACGUCCACCUGGUCCCCCACACCCACGACGACGUCGGCUGGCUCAAGACCGUGGACCAAUACUUUUAUGGAGACCGUAAUGACAUCCAGCACGCGGGGGUGCAGUACAUUCUGGACUCUGUGGUGGACCAGCUGCUGAAGAACCCUGACAGACGCUUCAUCUACGUUGAGACAGCCUUCUUCUACCGCUGGUGGAAACAACAGACUGAUGACAUGCAGAACACUGUCAAACAGCUAGUCAAUGAGGGGCGGUUGGAGUUUGUGAACGGGGGCUGGUGUAUGAGUGACGAGGCAACCACCCACUACAGUGCAGUCAUAGACCAGAUGACCAUGGGCCUGCGGUUCCUCAACGACACGUUCGGACACUGCGGUCGCCCCCGCGUCGCCUGGCACAUCGACCCCUUCGGGCACGCCCGCGAGCACGCCUCCAUGUUCGCACAGAUGGGUUAUGACGGCUUCUUCUUUGGUCGUCUGGACUACCAGGAUCGUAAAAGGAGGAUGGUAGCCAGGGAACAGGAGAUGUUGUGGAGGGCCAGCGAGAGCCUCACCCCCCCUAUGGCUGACCUCUUCACUGGUAUCCUCCCUAACGGGUACAACCCUCCGGAGGGCUUCUGUUGGGACCAGUCAUGUGACGAUCCACCAAUCAGAGACGACCCUGAUCUGGAGGACUAUAAUGUUGACGAUGUGGUGACCAGGUUCCUCCACAUCGCACAGGGACAGGCGUUGGUGUAUAAAACCAACCACAUCAUAAUGACUAUGGGGUCAGACUUCCAGUAUGAGAACGCCAACCUGUGGUAUAAGAACCUGGACAAGCUCAUUCGCUACGUCAACCAGAAGCAGAGUAACGGCUCUGAAGUCAAUGUUCUCUACUCUACACCCUCCUGUUACCUACAGGAGCUACACAGGGCUAACCUCACAUGGCCUCUGAAAAGGGAUGAUUUCUUCCCCUAUGCUGACUCAGCUCAUGACUUCUGGACAGGAUAUUUCACCAGCCGUCCAGCCCUGAAACGCUAUGAGAGGAUCAGCAACAGCUACCUGCAGACGUGUAAUCAGCUGGAGGUCUUUGGUGGUCCCAUCUCAAGGAAAGGUCCCUUUGGAGCUGGAGACAGUGAGACCCUGAAGAAGGCCAUGGCAGUGGCUCAGCAUCACGACGCCGUAUCCGGGACGGAAAAGCAACACGUUGCCAACGACUACGCUAGGAGACUGGCCAACGGCUGGGCACACUGCCAGGUGUUGGUCAGUAACACUCUAUCCUCUCUGAGUGGAUCACCUGCUCCUCGUGUUUACUGUGAACACCUCAACAUCAGUGUGUGUCCCCUCACAGAGACCAGCAAGAAGUUCUCAGUGAACGUGUACAACCCUCUAGCUCGCCCAGUCAGUUGGCCAGUUAGACUGCCAGUGAACGGGACGACCUACAGUAUCUCAGACGCUAAGGGCAAGGCUGUGGACAGUCAGGUGGUCCCCGUGUCCCAGGCCACAGCGGCGGUGCGAAGGGACAGGGGGUACGCUGUCAACGAGCUGUUGUUCCAGGUUCAGGCCCCUCCCCUGGGCUACAGCACCUACUCUGUCUCCCUGCUCCAGAACGGCCCUCCAUCUCCACAGUCCUCUGUCUCCCUGCUCCAGAACGGCCCUCCAUCUCCACAGUCCUCUGUCUCCCUGCUCCAGAACGGCCCUCCAUCUCCACAGUCCUCUGUCUCCCUGCUCCAGUACGGCCCUCCAUCUCCACAGUCCUCUGUCUCCCUGCUCCAGAACGGCCCUCCAUCUCCACAGUCCUCUGUCUCCCUGCUCCAGAACGGCCCUCCAUCUCCACAGUCCUCUGUCUCCCUGCUCCAGAACGGCCCUCCAUCUCCACAGUCCUCUCCACUGCCCAGGGCUCCCAAGGCUAUACAGAACAAGUUUCUCAGGGUGACCUUUGACCCAGAGACGGGUCUCCUCAGCAGCCUCAGUAACCUGGAGACACAACAGACUGUCAAACUGUCACAGAACUUCUACUGGUACAACGCCAGCGAUGGUAACAACUCAGACAGUAUUCAGAUGUCAGGGGCCUACAUCUUCAGACCUAACACCUCCACCCCCUUCAUCAUCAGCAAGACAGCUAAGAUAGAAACACUACAGAAUUCUGUGGUGCAGGAGGUGAGACAGUGGUUUAGUCCCUGGGUCUCUCAGGUGGUCCGUCUCUACACAGACAGCAGGGCUCUGGAACUGGAGUGGACUGUAGGCCCGGUGCCUAUAGGUGAUGACCUGGGUAAAGAGGUGAUAAGUCGUCUAGACAGCAGCAUCAACUCCUCUGGUGUCUUCUACACCGACUCUAAUGGCAGAGAGGUGCUGCAGAGACGGAAAGACUACCGACCCACGUGGGACCUGAAACAGUCUGAGCCAAUUGCUGGCAACUACUAUCCAAUCAACUCUAGAGCUUACAUUAAGGAUGACCAGGACCAGCUGACUGUAGUGACGGACCGUUCUCAGGGAGGAGGCAGCAUCCAGGAUGGAUCUCUGGAGAUCAUGCUCCACCGCAGGUUGCUGUACGAUGACGUCCGGGGUGUAGGUGAGCCCCUCAACGAGACGUCUGACAUUUACCCAGAAGGCUUGGUGGUCCGUGGUCGCCUCCUCCUCUCCCUCAGCCCCCCUGCCACGGCCGCUGACACACACCGCCCCCUAGCACAGGAAGUGGUACUGCAGCCUCUCAUCUCGUUCACCGACGGAGAGCUGCACCCUAGUACCAGACUGGAGUUCUCUGGGCUACAGGCAGGGCUGCCCCCUGCUGUUCACCUGUUGACAGUGUCUCAGUGGGACCAGGACUCAGUGCUGCUCAGACUGGAGCAUCAGUACCAAGCCUCAGAGAGCAAGGAGCAUUCCCAGCCUGUUACUGUUAAUCUGCAGAAGCUGUUCUCCACUCUGGACGUGCUGGGCGUGUCCGAGAUGAACCUGUCAGCCAAUCAGUGGAAGGAUGAGAUGACGCGUCUGGACUGGAAGGCGGAGUCAGGUGCGAUGCCCCUGCCGAAGAGAGGGGGAGACCCCUCUGUGUGGGAGGUGAACCUCAAGCCCAUGGAGAUACGCACCUUCCUGCUCCGUGUCAGGCAGAGAUAGUCAAUCACCAACCUCCGUUCCAGAACUAGCCAAUGAUCAAUCGGCAAUGCAGUAGCAAUCAACCAAUACCUGUGGUUUAACAAUUAUGAACUCACUGCCUUGAUCGGCUGUAAAUAAUUUGGAGUCUGUGUACAUGAAUCAAAUGAACAGGAUUUUCUGGUCAUAAUUCAGUUGACAGCUCCUAGAAAAGAGCUUGUUUGAAGUCGCUGAACAAUUCCUUUAUGUUGUAAUUUUACAGUGCCAAUACAACCUUUCUGGUAUUUCAAAGCCA